AUGGCGGAUCAGUCGUCUAUAAACACCACCGGCGCUGGGAUGCACGCGACGACGUCGAUGAAUGACAUGGAGAUGACGUCGCCGAACCAGAGAGCGCCUUCUGUGAACCCGACGAUGCACUUCGGAAGCCACACGAUGGAAGAUCUCAACGCCAAGCAGGUCACUCCAGAAGUGCUCCAGCAGAUGCUCAGCUUCUUGAGGAAGAACGGAUUCGCGGUAGGGACCUCAGAAUAUCCUUCUGUUUAUUAGACAAGUUCAGGAGGCCGAAGAAUCGCUAACUAGAGAAGCAAUGUCGAUUUUGAAAAGCGAUGCCAGCGCCUCCACUGGCUUGUCUUCAGAGUUAGUCUCUCUUCACAUUAUAAUUUUCUUGAAAAUUUUUUUUGUUCAUAUUUUUGAGCUUUCUUCCGAUUAUUCAGUCAUUCCCCUCUGAAAGAACUAAUUGACUUCAUGCUUUUUGUUAUUUUUGGCCUUUAAUGGUAUAAAACUUCUGUGAUACCUUCUCUGAAGGCGCUUUAUUUCAAAACAAACCAAUAUUCUAGAGUUUAAGAUUUUAUGAAAAAAGAAAAGUUGGGAAAUACAUUUUUUAUUUUAUUUUAUUUUUCAUAACUUUUUAGAGACGCCAUCACAUUGGAGUUUGAUAUUCUGAUCCGACAUGUUGAAUCUUGUUGCGAUGUCAUUCAGGUUUGUAUUUUUCGAACGCUUUUUUCUCAAAUUUUUUGAUCAUCUAAUUCAUCUUUUCAUUAAACAAGAUAUCUUACUGUUAUUAACUCUUAUUGUUCUUUUUUUCAGAAAUCGGUUGAAUAACAUAUAAAACACGUCUUCUGUAUUUUAACAUAUCUCCAUUCUUUUUAAUUUCUCUUCAAUUUAUUUUUGAAGGCCGAGUUCAGCCAGCUCCUUUUUCCGGUUUUCGCGCACUGCUUCAUUUUUCUAGUUGAGAUGAAGUCUCCUAGUUGUAAGUUUUUCUUGUUGAAAAAAAAGAAAAACAUUUUUUUCAGUGAGCACAUUCUUCGGCCGCUACAAAUCUUAUCUUCCCGAGUGCUAUUCCGAAUUCGUCUAUUAUUUAUCGAUGGCCGUCGAUCCGGUCUCACUCAACAACAAUUUCUACGCCCAGACGCUCAAGUUUGCGAUUUUUUUCAGUCCCUUUCUUCGUAGAAAUUUUCUCGAGAAUAAUUUAAUGCAAGAGAUCAAAUAGAAAGAACUUUUAAUUUUAUCCGAGUUAUAGCUCUUUAAUUUUUCUCUGUGCGUUCUUCCAUGAAUUUAGGAAAAAAAUACGAAAAAAAUUUAUAAUUUUUUUAGACAUUUUUUUGGGAUUAGGUUUCCAAAUUUACGAAAAAAAUUUUUGCGCAUUAGAUUCAAAAUAGCAUAUGGAAAAUCUGAAAAAAAAGAGCGGUUUCAUAUAGCGGUAUAUAUGUUAUAAAAAAAUUUCACAAAAUUCAAGCUUUAUUUCUGAAACGUAAACAUUAUUGAAGUUGACGGCACAUUUUUUCAUGUAUUUCUCAAGAAAAUUUGAGUUCGGAAAAAAAAAUUUUUUUCUGAGGUCUAAUUUUUGAGUAAUUUUUGUUUUGAAAUUUGGGUCGUUGUAUCAAUGCUCAAGAAUAAUUUUUUUACCCCAGGAAAAUUGGAAAAAAACAUUUUUUGAAUGAUAAGGAAAACCUUUUCCAGAAAAAAUCCAUUCGUUGUGAGAAUGUCGAAAAGCUGUAUAAAACAGUUGGAACUUCAAAUGAACCGGCUCAACGUCAUCAAAAACAUCAUUCGCAAUAACAUUAUCAUUGAAGGUUUUUUUUUUAGAAAAUUCUUCUAUUUUUCUCGAUUUUCAGAGACGGACAUUGCUGCCAAAAUUCGAUCCUCCGUAGAAACGCAAAUGGGCGGAUUGUUGGGACAAGUCCCCUAUAAGGACCGUCGUCACAAGGUUAUCAAAAUUCUAAGGAUUUGAUUUUUUUGUAUCAAAAGUCAGUCAAAUUACAUGGAAAAAUACAAAAAAUUGUGAAGUUGAAAGUUCUCUGACAGUAAUUUUUGAAGAUAUCUCUCUAUAUGUUUUUAAAACAAAUCCCUUUUUUCUCAAUAUCCGCCUCAGAUGCUCUACGGAGUGAUAAAGGACGAACUGAUGCAGCAGAUCGAACGACGAAAAAUGAAGGGAAAAGAAUACCGCGACAACAACAAAAAGAUGCAGCAGGUGGGUGAAAGUGUCGAUUUCGAAUCUAUCAUGAUUCUAGGUGGCCCCCCAAUUGGAAAGAAUCCCAUUGCCGCCAAUCAGUGAGUAUAUCCGAGAAGAUAAAAGAGCUCAUUUGAAGGUUUUUCUACGGUUCCAUGUCACUGAAACAGUCUGUUCUUGCUCAGGAAGUUCCGAAAAUGACAGUUGUCUCCCCGGAAUCUCCCGUGUCCAUCUGUAUGUACACGACGAUGAACUCGCCGAUUGGGGUUUCUUCUUGCGUUUUUUCCGACGAUUCUACUCUUCUAGCCAUGGGGUUCGAGAGUUGAUAUCUUACCUUCUUCUAUUCAUUCAAAAAUUUACUUGAAGAAAAGAGUGAAUUCUGAAGGGAAACGUUCAUAGGAAUUGCAGAGUGGUCCAUAUAGGGCCCUUCUAGGUACCCGUAUACUAACCCCUAUAGGGGCCACUAAAGCUUUCAAAAGGGGUUCCUAUAGGGGUAGUAGUUAGUGGCCCCUAUAGGGGACAUGCUACUCGAAAAUUGAUUUGAACUCAAAGCGAAAAUAAUUUUAAUGGGAAAACUGAAUAGAUAAUCGUUUAUGGAAUGAAUUUGAAAGACCCCUCUAGGGUCCACUUGAGCUUCAGGGUCUAAAGGGACCACAUUCGUUUUACCCCUAUAGGGACCACUCUGAUAUUCCUAAGUUCGAAUUUUUACUAAAAUAUCGGUCCAAAUUUCUUAGUUUUCACAAACGCACGUUUCAUAUCGAAGAUAACCAUUUGAUUUCCUUCAAUCAGAAAAUUUUUUAGCUUGGCCGAUUCCUCGAUUUUGGUCAACUCUAUGGAUCCUGAUAAUCAGUUAAAAAGAUUGAAAGACAUUGAUGAACUCGAGAAAAUUGACCUCGAAACGGCGGAAAACGUUCUGGAGCAGAUGUACGAGCCGGAGAGCGCCAUGAGUUCGAUUAGAUUUUCGGUGAGAGUUUCCGUUUAAUCGAUUAGUUCUUACCUUUUUGCAGGGUCACGGAUCGACGGUCGUUUCGGUGGACUUUUCCCCGGAUCGACGCCUUCUUCUUUCCUCUUCAGCCGAUAAAACUGUCCGGCUGUGGAGUAUGGACGUCCAGAGAAACGUGGUCAUCUACCGGACACCUUCUGCUGUCUGGGAUGUCAGUUUCGACUGUUUUCUUAUACUGAUAAGCCUCGGUGCAACCUCUUUUGACUUUCUCUGAAAAUGCCCGACGGAGAAAUGCUGCAGGCCAAGUUCUGCAACCGCGGCUACUACUUCUGCACCGGCAGCCAGGACAAGACUGCGGCCGUCUGGUGUACAGACCGUCUGCAGCCGGUCCGGCUUUUCACCGACAGCUACUCCGACGUCGGCUGCGUCGACUUCCACCCCAACUGCAACUACAUCGCCGGAGGUUCUUUCCGUCCGGAAAUCCUCAUUUCGGGCUCUCAGGAAGCGACGAUCGCUAUGUUCGCGUCUGGGACAUCUCCAAUGGCACCUGUGUGAGGACGUUUAGCGGUCACAAAGGUUCCAUCAGGAGCGUUAAGGUAUUCUGAGUUUAGUUUGAAUUUUCUGAAAAAAGCUUUGAAAUUACUUAGAAACUCCAGAGUGGUCCUAGGUGCAACCUUAGGCGCCCUUGGAGGAUCUCCUCAAGGCAACACUUUACCGACCCCUAUAGGGGCCACUAAAGUUUGCAAAAGGGAUUCCCAUAGCGGUUUCAGUUAGUGGCCCCUAUAGGGGACAUGCUAGUCGAUAACUUUUUUGAACUCUAAGCGAAGAAGCAUUUUCCUGGAAGAAACUGAAUAAAUAAGUUUUUUUGAAUGAAAUUGAUAGACCUCUAUAGGUUCCACUUGAGCUUGAAGGGCUAAGGAGUCAGACCCUAAAACCCUAUAGGGAACACCUUUACUUUACCCCUACGGGAACCACUUUUUCGACCUUUAUAGGGUUUGUUUUCCUUCCCCCUAACCCCUAAAGGGACCCUUCUGGAAUACAUUUUUAUUCAGUCCAAACAUCAUCGAUUUUAUUAUUGUGAAAACUGCAUUUAAUAAAAUAUUUAUGCAGUUCUCACCGGACGGCCGAUAUAUCGUUUCGGGAGACAGCUCUGGCUACAUUUGCGUCUGGGACCUUGCCUACCAAAGGCUUUGCGGCGUUGAAGAAACCGACCAACCUGGAACCAUCGUUCGUGUUUCCAGAAUGAUGUAUAAGAACGACUUGGCAGGUUUCCAUCGCCUUCACUCGGGACGGAGGCUCGUUCGCCGUCUCCCACGGAAACCCCUGCAUUUCUCUGUAUUCUCUCGAUCAUCUCAUUUCCAUCAUGGGCGCCACGGCCAACAGCGAAGUCACGUUCGACCCGAGGUUUGCUUCCUUCCGUCCCCAGUUUCUAGUCGUACACUUUGAGAGUGAACUUGGACGGAUUCAACUUUGGCACGUACCGAACCAAGCAGUCGCCUGUCAUCGGUCUCCAUUUCUCUCGCCGCAACCUCCUCAUGUCUGUCGGCUGUUUCUCACCAAACUAA